AGGAACGGACUCGGCGGAGUAAAGUGAACGGAAAAUUAACUGUCAAGCGAGCGAGAGAAGAGAAAUCAGAAAAUGGUGGUUGUGGAUUCUUCGGCGUCGGCGAUAAUGGCUGAUCAGAACAUCGAUCCUAACACCGCGACGAACCCUAGCCGUCAAGAGAAGCAUGUUCCGGCGAUUAAGGCUAUCUCCGGUGACGAGGAAGGUCCGUCGAAGGAGAAAAAGAGCAAUGACUACAACGCGUUGAAGAAAUCAACCACCGUAAUCCAGAAAUCGCACUUCUUCCAGAGUUCUUGGACCUUUUGGUUCGAUAAUCCUUCCUCAAAAUCGAAUCAAGUCACAUGGGGAAGCUCUUUGAGAUCUUUGUAUACAUUCGCUACUAUCGAAGAGUUCUGGAGUCUUUACAACAACAUUCAUCCUCCAACCAAGUGGGUUUCAGGGGCGGAUCUCUACUGCUUCAAACAUAAGAUUGAACCAAAAUGGGAAGAUCCUAUCUGUGCUAAUGGAGGAAAGUGGACUAUGUUUUUUCCUAAAGCAGCUACACUAGAAUCCAAUUGGCUUAACACGCUACUUGCGUUGGUUGGUGAGCAAUUUGACCAAGGAGAUGAGAUUUGUGGGGCAGUUUUGAACUUCAGAACGAGAGGGGAUAGGAUCUCUCUAUGGACAAAGAACGCUGCAAAUGAGGAGGCUCAGCUAAGCAUUGGGAAGCAGUGGAAGGAACUUCUUGGUUACAAUGAGAAAAUUGGAUUCAUAGUUCAUGAGGAUGCAAAGACUCUUGAUCGUCAUGCUAAAAGUCGGUAUACUGGAAAAACUCAGGAAUUGAGGCCGAGUGGAUUAGGGAGUAGAUCUGAUGAGAGAACUGAUAGGAGACAGGGAAAAGAGCCAGAGAAGAUGGAGAAAGAAGACUUGAGUUUUGGAAUAAGCGAGGAGGGUGAGAUUAAUGUUGAGAUGCAGAGGAGAAGCCAUGAAACAGAGUCGAGAUUAUGGCAAAGGGCUAGAACUCCUGAUUCGAGAGGAAGUGGUUCCACAAUGAUGUUGGAUGAGAGAACUCAGGGGAGAUCCGAACCGGUGCUAAGUGCGUAUCCAAUUCGCCCCGGUGAAGAAAAUUGUCCGUUUUAUCUAAAAAAUCAUCUGUGUGGCUGGGGAAGCGAUUGUUGUUACAAUCAUCCUCCUCUACAUGAGAUUCCGAACAGGAUUGGUAAUAAGCUGGAUUGCAAGUUUUUUAAGGCAGGAACUUGUAAGAGAGGCUCAAAUUGUCAAUUUUAUCACCCAAAGGAAAGAGAUGGUGAUAGUUUACCUAUGCGUCAGGGUAGAACUCCGGAUUUGAGAAGGAAUGAUUCAGGGAGGAGGAGGUACAAAACAGAGGCAAGAUCCUGGCCAGAGAAGAGGGAGAAAGAAGACUCUGGCUUUAGAAGAAACGAAUUGGGUCAGUUUCGUGAUCACCAAGACUCUGACAAAGACUCGCAAGAGAUUCUGCUACAACAGAGACCUAGAGAUGUUGGGAAGCGGAAGAGGUCUAGAAGUCCUGGUUGGAGAGCGAGUUCAUCAAGAGAAACAUUCGAAAAUACAUGUCAAAGACGCCAUGGAAAGGAGUUGGCCUUGUCCAAGCGAGAGAGGGAUCUUAAGAAACCGAGACAAAGGAACAUCGAGAGGCAGAGGAGAGAAGCUCAAGAGAAUCUGCAACAACAGUGGUUUCAGGAACAGAGAAAGAGAAACAUUGAGAAGGCGAGAAUCGAAGCUCGUCUGAAACUUGAUCAGGAAAUGGGUAUUCAAGGGCUUUUACCGUUGCUGAAAUCGAUAAUGGUACCGAUUCAUAUCAAGGAGCUUGAGGGUUGUAUCGUCGCCGUCGAUACAUAUUCAUGGCUACACAAAGGUGCUUUAUCUUGUAGCCGAGAGCUCUGCAAGGGAUUACCCACCAAGAGGCAUAUUCAAUAUUGUAUGCAUAGAGUGAAUUUACUCCGCCAUCAUGGAGUGAAGCCUAUCAUGGUCUUCGAUGGAGGUCCGUUACCGAUGAAACUAGAACAAGAGAAUAAGCGUGCUAGAUCCAGAAAGGAAAAUCUUGCACGUGCAUUGGAGCAUGAAGCAAAUGGAAAUUCCUCGGCUGCUUAUGAGUGCUAUUCAAAGGCGGUAGACAUUUCACCUUCUAUUGCACACGAAUUGAUACAGGUUCUGAGGCAGGAGAAUAUUGAUUACGUUGUAGCUCCUUACGAAGCUGAUGCGCAGAUGACAUUCUUAGCUGUUACUAUGCAAGUUGAUGCGAUUAUCACUGAGGAUUCUGAUCUCGUACCUUUUGGCUGCCCAAGAAUCAUUUUUAAAAUGGACAAGUUUGGUCAUGGUGUUGAGUUUCAAGCCUCCAAGCUACCCAAAAAUAAGGAUCUCAGUCUUUCAGGAUUUUCAAGCCAAAUGCUGCUUGAAAUGUGCAUAUUAAGUGGUUGCGAUUAUCUGCAGUCACUUCCAGGAAUGGGACUCAAAAGAGCUCAUGCACUCAUUACAAAGUUCAAAAGCUAUGACAGGGUUAUUAAACACUUAAAGUACAGCACAGUUUCAGUUCCUCCUCUUUAUGAAGAGUCAUUCAAGAGAGCCUUACUGACUUUCAAGCAUCAACGUGUCUAUGAUCCAAAAAGUGAAGAUAUUAUACACUUGUCUGACAUUUCUGACAACCUUGGCGAAGAUUCCGAUUUUGGUAUAGCACUAGGCCAGCUUGAUCCCUUCACACAGUUGCCAUUCCAGGCUGAGAGUGUAACUCCUAAAGUGGCUGUUGAUGGUAUAUCCCGUCCCAUAAGUUUCAAACCUGAAACUGUAAAGAAAAAGCUUGAUUUGCCAGUCCAGAAAAACCUUCUCACCAAGUACUUCUGCUUUGCAUCUGUUGAGGCAAAAAGAAAAUUCAAGGCUCCUAGGAUAUCACCAAUUUCUCUGACCCCAACUGAUGAAUCUCCAAGCACUCCUGAUAAUAAUUCAACAGAUAUAGAUGCUCUUUCAAGUCAGACAACAAAUGAAUCCCCGGUUUAUAGCUUGGGUGAGAAUGCAUGUGUUAGCAAGGUUGCAGAGAAAAGAGAGGCACCCGACGAUGAUGCAAUGGAAAGUAAUCACAAGGAUCUUCAUCAUAAAUACGGCGAUCGGGAAGUGGAGAGGCCAAAGAAAGAUAGUUUGAAGGUUAUAGUAAGAAGCAAGUAUUUUAAGCAGAAGCAGGAAGACAAAAGUCUUAAACAAUCGAUCCCAUGUCUUAAUGAUUGCUCUGUGAUUGGUCAGAGAAAGACUGUUAAAACUGUGAUUAACAUGUCAAGCGCGUCUAAAAGAGAAGAGAGUCACAGAGCUAUAACAACUAGUCCAUGUUUAAAUCAUGACCGAAUCGAUAACGAUCAGGAAGAUACUACAGAAGGAAGUUUCUCUGCCAUGAACGAAGUGGCUGAGAGAACAACAAACAUUCACAAGAUAAACCAUCAGAUCGAUGAAGAGGAACAGAACCCAUCCGUUGAGAUCCCUUCUGCCUUUAGUACUCCAGAGAAAGUCCUAAAUCUCUCUUCCAUUGUUAUUAAUAGUUUUCAUGGAGCUGCAACAGGGAAGAGGAAGCUUGAUUCAGUUGAAAACCUUCAGCAGGAAAAUUUGAAUUCCAAGCACAUUCGCAUGGAUGAAACAGAUCCUGCUCUUAAUGCAGAAACACCAUUUGAAACCGAUGAUGUUGAGAAGUUUGGAUCGAACAUUUCACAUAUAGGACAUUACUCAGAAAUAGCAGAGAAAUCAGUGGAAAGAUUUGUCUCAGCCAUAUCAUCUUUCAAAUAUUCUGGGACUGGCUCUCGUGCUAGUGGCCUGCGUGCACCUCUCAAAGAUAUCCGCAACACAUGUCCGUCCAAAGGGUUAUCUCUUAAACCAGACAUCAGCAAGUUUGGCUAUGCGUCAAGCAACCGACACAUGGUGACAAAGUCAAGGCGAUUGUGAGCUCAGAUUUGUAAGUUAACCAUCUCUUUAGAGCCACUUGAGAACAUUAGCUUUGAAAUCAACUUCUUGGUCGCAUGAUAUUCUUGGUGUUGUAUCUGUAUUAGCUUUUUACUGUGCAUAGCAUUCUUGUUCAAAGACUCUUUACAAUACAGUUUGAUUCAUAAAUGAAACAACUUUUAACUU